GAGACCUUCCCGGAGAGCUUCGCGUUCGGCGUCGCGACGGCGGCCUACCAGAUCGAAGGCGCGACGGACGAGGGCGGCCGCGGCCCGUCGAUCUGGGACACCUUUUCGGCGAUGCCCGGGAAGACCUUCGGCGGCGACACGGGCGCCGUCGCCGACGACUUCUACCACAAGUUCCGCGACGACGUCGCGCUCAUGGCGUCGCUCGGCGUGACGCGCUACCGCAUGUCGCUCGCGUGGCCGCGGCUCCUCCCCGAUGGCGGCGGCGCGGCGCUCAACCCCGCGGGCGUCGCCUUCUACGUCGCCGUCUUCGAGGAGCUGCAGAAAUACGGCAUCGAGCCGCUCGUCACGCUCUACCACUGGGACCUGCCGCAGGCGCUCGACGACUCCUACGGCGGCUGGCUCGACCGCGAAAUCGUCGCCGACUUCGCGAACUACGCGGACCUCUGCUUCGCGGCCUUUGGGGACUACGCGACGUCCUGGACGACGUUCAACGAGGCGCUCACGUUUAUAGGCGAGGGCUACGGCGACGGCGUGCACGCGCCGGGCCGCUGCGGCGACAGGGACCGGUGCGCCGCGGGCGACUCGAUGCGCGAGCCCCUCGUCGCGGGCCACCACGUGCUGCUCGCCCACGCCGCGGCCGUGGCCAAAUUCCGCGCGCGCUUCGAUUCGACGUACGAGAUCGGCAUGGUCAACUGCGGCUGGAUGGCCUGGCCGCUGCGGGGCCGGGGCCACGCGGGCGACGCCGAGGCCGCGGAGGCCUUCAUGGAGGCGCAGUGGGGCUGGUUCUACGACCCCGUCAUCUACGGCGACUACCCCGACUCGCUGAAGAAACGCGCGGGCGCGGACCUGCCGGCGUUCACCGCCGAGGAGAAGGAGGCGCUCAAAGGCAGCGUCGACUACCUCGGGGUCAACUACUACACGAGCCGCUACGUCGCGGCGCCCGACGUGGUUCACGCGCCGACGGCGAGCGCCGAGGGCAUCCCCCACCUCGACGGCCGCUUCCACGUGUCGACCGUCGACGCCGCCGGCGCGUCGAUCGGCGCGCGCGCGGGCUCGCCCUGGCUCUACGUCGCGCCCGCGGGCCUCCGGGACGUGCUGAUCUGGCUCGACGCGCGCUACCCGGGCCAUUCCUUGCUGGUCACGGAGAACGGCUGCGCGCAGCCGGACGCUUUGGACGCCGCGGACGCCGUCGACGACGGCUUCCGGCUGGCGUACCUGCGGGACCACCUCGACGCGGCCGCCGAGGCGUCGGCCGCGGGCGUCGACGUCGUCGCCUACUACGCCUGGUCGCUCCUCGACAACUACGAGUGGGCCGACGGCUACUCGAAGCGCUUCGGGCUGGUCUACGUCGACUACGGCACGCUCGACCGGACGCCGAAGCGGUCCGCGCGCUGGUUCGCGCGCGUGCUCGCGGCC